UGCAAUUCCUUUUUCCUGCCCGUCCCAUCCUUGUCCUCCUCCUCUUUCUUCUUCCCUCCUACCACCCGGCCACAUCGCCGCCAUUGCCUCCAGCUUCUGAGCCAAGCCGCCGCCACCACUACAUAUGUCGCAUCAGCAUCACUGUAAUCAAAUCGAUCUCCCAUCAUCCGCCCAUUCUUCCUUCUUCCUGAGCUGAAGCGUCCAUGGAUGCAGACGGAGCAGGGAGGGCCCCCGUCUUCCCGGUGCCGCAGCAGCAGGCCCCGUCGUCCACGACGCCGCUGGCACCCUACUACUACUACUCUUCAUCGUCUUCUCCGGCGACGCCGUCCCGCCUGACGCACCACGUGACGCUGAGCCUCACCAGCCUGCCCAUCCUGGUGCUCACCGUGCUCGGCAUCCUCACCACCUCCGCGCUCCUCCUCACCUACUACGUCUUCGUCAUCCGCUGCUGCCUCACCUGGCACGCCACCGCCUCCGACUCCUCCACCCCCAACUCCGGCGCGCCCAGAAGCCUCGUCAUCUCCCUCACCCGCCGCCGCCCUCGCCGCAGCAACACCCCCUCCGAACACGAGCUCCCCGUGGUGCACGGGCCGGCGCCCGACGAGCCACGCGCCGGGCUCGGGGAGCCGGCCAUCCGGGCGCUGCCGGCGUUCAGGUACAGCAAGGCCGCCAAGGACGACGCAAGCGAGUGCGCCGUGUGCCUCGGCGAGUUCCAGGAGGGGGAGCGGGUGAGGCUCCUGCCGGGCUGCCUCCAUGUCUUCCACGCGGAGUGCAUCGACACUUGGCUCCACGGCUGCGCCAGCUGCCCGCUCUGCCGGGCAGCCAUCACCGCCACCACCGGCAAACAAGCUCCGUUAACAAUGGACCGGCCGUGGAGAGGGGAGGAGGUGGUCAUCCAGGUGCAGGUCGCCGGCACCGGAGAAGAGGAAGACACACUGACACCGCAGCAAGAAGACGGCGCCGUGGCCUCGAAGAGCGGCACUCGCUUCCAUGGGGAAUGCAGCGGCGGCGGCAGCAGCAAUGAAGCACAUUGUAGUAGGUAGUGAUUUUAGUUAGUUGCAUCACUCGGCUUAGGCAAAACAAAAUUUUUUGCCGCUUGAAAGAUUCAUGAAAGAUAGUUCUAAGGUGUCACAGGUUCAGUUCUCGCUGAAUAUUUCUUCAGAGCAUGAGAACUUCAGACAACAUGAGCAGCUGCUCCUACUGUAAAUGAACAACCACUUGCCUGAUUUACUGUAAUAUUUGGACGAGAACAAACAGGAAUAAUAAAUAUUUCUUCAAAUUCUCACAACAAAGAUUGGCAUGCAGUGUGAAGAAGCAGAACACAAAAGGCAAAUAAGCUGAGGGUGGUGGAACAACUGUGACCAAGAAACUGAAACUUCAGAGGUAAGCGGAAGAAGGACAUGAAGUGAGAAGGAAAAAAACUGGAGUUCUGGCCCUUUGAGCCCACUGUGAUACCCUGAUCUUAGCACAGGCAGCAAAGUCUCACCAAAACCUUAUUAAAACACCACCAAAUUUCGAGAUUUCGUCCUCUGUUACAUCAUCAGGGGCCAGGGGCAAAAUGGCUGUCCACCAGACGUUGAUUUCUUGGACUCGGAUAUUUUCAUACUUUAUACUCUAUAUAGCAUAGAAAACUCCUAACCCAAUAGUUCAAUAAAGUUCCUAUUCUUCAUCAUGGCUAAAUAAAGUAUCGAUUACUUUAGAUAGACUGCAGAAUCUUCUAGAUGGUACAGAAGACUACCUCCCGUGCUACAUUUACAGU